GCAGCAGCAGCCGCCGCCGGCUCGGGGCAUCUGAUUGGAGCCGGCGCGGCCGGGCGGCUCGCGCGGGGAGGCGGCCAAGGGGAGCCUCGGGGACCCGCCGCGCAGGAGGGCAGGGGAGGCGGAGGAUGCAGGCGAAGAAGUCCCGCGGCUCCUCGACGGGUGGCGGCGGCGGCGGCGGCGGCAGCGGCAGCGGCGGCGAGCUGCAAGGGGACGAAGCGCAGCGCGCCAAGAAGCGGAAAAAGAAGGAGUCGCGCUUCGCCAGCAUCCAGGUCUUCCUGGUGUCCGAGUGCGUCCUGAUGUUGGCCCAGGGCACCGUGGGCGCCUACCUGGUGAGCAUCUUGACCACCUUGGAGCGGCGGUUCAACCUCCAGAGUGCUGACGUUGGGGUGAUUGCCAGCAGCUUUGAGAUCGGCAACUUGGUGCUCAUCCUUUUUGUGAGCUACUUUGGUGCCCGGGGACACCGGCCGCGUUUGAUAGGAUGCGGAGGGAUCAUUAUGGCUUUGGGAGCCCUUCUCUCAGCUCUGCCAGAAUUCCUCACCCAUCAGUACGAGUAUGAAUCCGGAGAGAUCCGAUGGAGGGCUGAAGGGAGGGAUGUCUGCAUAGCCAACGGGUCCACUAGUGAUGAAGGAUCAGAUCCUGAUCGCAUCUGCAGGAGCAGGACUGCUACGAACAUGAUGUAUUUGCUUCUCAUUGGAGCACAAGUCCUUCUGGGGAUUGGGGCAACUCCUGUGCAACCUUUGGGAGUCUCCUACAUUGAUGACCAUGUGAAGCGGAAGGAUUCUUCACUCUACAUAGGGAUCCUGUUUACAAUGCUAGUGUUUGGACCGGCCUGUGGAUUUAUCCUGGGAUCUUUGUGCACCAAAAUUUAUGUGGAUGCUGUCUUCAUUGACACAAGCAAGCUGGACAUCACCCCUGAUGACCCUCGGUGGAUUGGCGCAUGGUGGGCUGGCUUCUUGCUCUGCGGUGCCUUACUUUUCUUCUCGUCUCUCCCAAUGUUUGGAUUCCCACAGUCCCUGACCUGCCAGCCGGAGCACAUAGCAGAGGUAGAGGAAGCCAUGUUGCCAGAAGGGGACUAUGAAAGGCCAAAGCCAAGCAAUGGGAUUCUCCCACCGCACUCCAUGGAAGCGAACGAUGAUCCAUCUUGCUUCCAGCAGCUGAGAGUGAUCCCAAAGGUAACUAAGCACCUGCUGUCCAAUCCGGUGUUCACCUGCAUUGUUCUUGCGGCUUGCAUGGAGAUUGCGGUGGUGGCAGGUUUUGCAGCCUUUCUUGGCAAGUACCUGGAACAGCAGUUCAAUCUUACAACGUCAUCAGCCAACCAGUUAUUAGGCAUGACGGCUAUUCCCUGUGCAUGCUUGGGCAUCUUCCUAGGAGGCCUCUUAGUGAAGAAGCUGAGCCUUUCUGCCCUGGGUGCCAUUCAGAUGGCUAUGUUGGUCAGCCUGGUGUCCACAGCAUGCUACGUUUCUUUCCUUUUCCUGGGCUGUGAUACGGGACCUGUGGCUGGCAUUACUGUUCCCUAUGGAAACAAGUCAACCAUCUCCAGCUUGGCCCCCUAUUCUGCCUGCAAUAGCAACUGUAAAUGUCAAAUGGAUUCCUUCACUCCAGUUUGUGGGACCGACGGAAUCACGUACUUAUCUGCCUGUUUUGCUGGUUGCACCAACAUGAAUCUCACCGGUUGCACCUGCCUCACCUUGGCCCCAGCCGGGGAUGCCACUGUCGUUCCUGGGAAGUGCCCCAGCCCUGGAUGCCAAGAAGCCUUCCUGACAUUCCUCUGCGUGAUGUGCGUCUGCAGCAUGAUUGGAGCCAUGGCCCAAACUCCCUCUGUCAUCAUCCUCAUCAGAACUGUGAGCCCGGAGCUCAAAUCAUACGCUUUAGGAGUUCUCUUCCUUCUCCUCCGAUUGUUAGGUUUUAUCCCACCUCCCCUGAUCUUUGGAGCAGGAAUUGAUUCCACCUGCCUUUUCUGGAGCACUUUCUGUGGUGAACAAGGAGCAUGCGCCCUAUAUGACAACGUCGUCUAUAGGUACCUAUAUGUGAGCAUCGCUAUUACCCUGAAGUCGCUGGCGUUCCUCCUUUACACCACAACCUGGCAGUGCCUGAGGAAAAACUAUAAGAAAUACAUCAAGAACCACGAAGGCGGACUCAGCACUACUGAGUUCUUUGCAUCCACAUUGACCCUGGAUAACCUAGGACGAGACUCUCUAGGCCAGAAUCCCUCUCAAAGGACAAAAUUUAUCUACAACCUUGAAGACCAUGAAUGGUGUGAAAACAUGGAGUCCGUUUUAUAGUGAUUAGAAAGGCGGAUGGCUAACCCAAAGGUCCUUUUGGAAGGAAGAUAUAUUUUUUGUGUGAAAGGUGUAAUAUAUCCAUACGAAGAUGUUUCGGGGAAGUCGAAGCAAAACCAAGCCCACAGCUCUUUCAAUACCUUAUCAUUACGUUCCAGGAGCUUCUCCGGAAGAAGAGGACCAUUCGUCCUUUGCUCCAAAAGCAGAAUGAACCAAGACGAGGGGAGAAAGGGUAAAAGACCAAUCUGGAGUGAGAAAUGGUGAUGCCAAGUGGACCAUAAGUGUAUCGAAUGCCUUGGCUGGAGACACAACAGAUGGGCAACGCUGCCAGUGUUUGGGGACCUGGUCUUUCACUGGCAAACAGAGCAGAUGUCUGUCCUUUGGUGGGAAGGCAAACCCAUGAAAAGACAAUUCCCAGUGAGGAGGGGAAAGAGCAGAAGCCACAGCUGUUUCCAAAAAUAAGUGCUAUGUGAAACUGAAGCAACCAGUAUUGGAGUAACCUUUGCAAUACAAGCUUAAAAAACGACCACAAGGGUGCUAUGCAGACCUUUUCACACUCUCCAUCUCUUGCUCUCUCAUAUCACAGGAAGCCUGGGCCAGAACGUCUUCCCCUUUAUUGUCUCCAGCUGCAAGACCAUAAGAUCAACCUCAACAGCUGUUGAAAUGGGCAAACCAAUAGACGUGUCCGGUACAAGCCAUGAUGACGUCAAGUUGACAUCACGUGCUGAACAAGAGCUUACAUCCCGAAUAGAUGCUGAAUUAAGAUUAGAUAGGCUGCAUCAAUUGCACAUGUCACCGUUCGGAUGCCAUUGUGACUUGUACCCAACACACUGGACGCAACUGCAACAUUACAGUUCUUAAGACACCAGCAUUGCUUUUCUUAAACUAUUGGGGGUGGGGUGAUCUAGUUCCAUUUUGGUAUGGGAAUCGGGGCAUUGUGCGUGUGUUUGUGUGUAUGUGUGCAGUUGUGAGGGACAGAGCACAGGAUAACUCUGGCCAAAGAGUCAAUAACUUUUUCAACUUUGAGCAGGGUUGAAGUGGUACGUAGGUCAGCAUGGCCAACGUUGCCACUGAAAAUGGGCAGAGCAGGUCUGGUUGAGCCAUCACUGCCUUCUAAACAUCUGUACAUUUUUCUAGUUUUGUGUCGGCACUGGAAAAGGAAAGUUUUUCAGUACUGUUUCCAUUUGAAUCACAAUCUUGCUACCACAGAGAGAAAGAGAAAUUACCACUUUAUUCCCUGAGCUGCUCAGCUAUUCAUCCUCCCCAGUUUAAAAAAAAAA